AUGGGACGGAGCUUGAACGAUCUGCGCUUCAACGGCGAUUCGGCAGACUUCAGUGACUGCAACAGCGACCGAUCCGGCGAGUUCUCAACCGCGUCGUCUCAAAGCCAGCGACUCUUGGUCGCCUGCGAUACGGAGAAUUCUGACCAGCUGAUCAGGCAACUCGUUCCGGCCUUGAUGAGAGAUCAAUCGAGGAUCAAAAGCAAGUGGCGAUGGAGAUCAGGCUCCUCGCCAAGAACAAGUCCGAGAACCGAAUCAAGAUCACUUGCGCCGCUUCAAGAGUACGGCGUCACCGCAAUUCUAAACCUAUCUCUCUACGACGAGAACAAGGAGUUGAUUGCUUCAUCAUUAGCGAUCAAACCACUGGUCAGAGCUCUCAAGGUCGGCACAUCAACGGCGAGAGAGAACCCCGCGUAUGCCCAUCUCAUCAAGGUCGGCACAUCAACCAAAUCAAUAAAUUGA